AUGUACGCAGUCUCAACGGCCCACAUCGCCACGCUUCUCGCCUUGUACGAUCGAGACCCUCACGCACUCUCAGUGGCAACGGUACUUAACGAUUCAGAUGAAUUAUCUCAUCCCCAAGGUUCCAGGCUAGUGGUAGUUGCGCUAUACUUGCCCAUCAUCAAUUACAUACUAUCCGAUGCCGUUGUGGUGUGGAGAGCAUGGAUCCUUUGUUCUCGAACACGAUUUAUCUUGUACAUCCCCGUUGCAUCUCUCGCGGCCAGUAUCGUCGCAGCCAUUGUGAUCGCAGCCUACGACAUCAAGACUAUGGUAUUCUCCACCAACGCGAUCGAAAAAGUUCACAGUUUCGGAGGCGUCGAUAAAGGAGAUGUCGUAGUUUACGUGCUCAGUGCGGCAACAAAUAUCUGGACCACAGUUAUGGUGGCGGUCAAGGCCUGGAUUUAUCGUAAAAACUCGGGGACUUUGUUGGAUCAAACACACAAGACGAGCAAUGCGGGGAAACUGAUGGUCCUGCUUGUUGAAUCCGGCGCGAUGUACUCUCUCGUUUGGAUUAUAUUCUUAUCAGUAAUGAGUACCUCCGGCGCGGGUUUUUUGAUCAUGGCCGGAAUCAUGCCUCAGAUCGCGGGAAUUUACCCAACCGCUCUCAUCGUCCUUGUCAGCUUUGGAAGGACCCACCAUAGCGAAAGAACUGUAGCGCGCCAUGAGCCGAAAAUCCGUACUCAGCCUAAACAUGGUGCUCUUGAUGUUUCGCCAUCUGGGGCUCAGCCCAUCCAGGGGAUACAUGAAGAGCAGAAGCUUUCAUUGAAAGGUGGAGGAAGAUAUUCGGAUCUAGAGUCUGGCGAGGUUAGAGUGAAUUUGCGGAGUUUUGAUUCAGAGGCCAUAGUAGGCACCGCCACGGUUGGAGAUUUGGUUGAGAGCCAGUAG